AAGAAUAGACAAAUUUCUUCUCUCUAUUAUUAAAGACUUAGAUAUUCUUUUGAUCUUUAAAUGAUAGUAGUAUUAACAGUAUAUGAGAGUACAGUCACCGCAAGAACUAUCGAGGUAAUGGCUGAUCAAAUAGAUUUUAUCAUUUGUAUAAAUUGAAUUAAAAACAGAAAAAAUAAAUUUUAUUCAAUUAAUAAAAGCUUUUCAAAUUGAUUUUCGGAGAAGAUUAUAAUCUGGCAUAUAUAAAAUUUCUGUUAUGUACUAACUCGACUUUUAGGUUAUGAAUGAGUGAGAUACAUAAUCUUAUACACCGAUGAAAUGGGCGCAUAGUGUAGACAAUGUUUCUAAAAAAUAGUAUUGACGUACGAUAAUGGUGAUAUGUAAAUGUUUAUGUGUAUUUUAAAAAGUGAUAUGAAGAUACGAAAUCUUGUUGAAUGAAAUCAAUUACUUGAUAAUGUUUAAACAUUGAAUAUAAUUUUCAAUUAGAAUUUCAUUCAACCGAAUUAGAUAUUUUUAAGAUAUCGUUAAUAAAAUUUCAUAUGCAAACUAAAAAAAAAAAAAAAAAAAAAAGAAAAAAGAAAAAAAAAUUAUCCCUUUGAAAAAACUCAAAAAAUACAUUAUUUUAAUACAAGUGAAGUAUUUAAAAAAUAAGUCAAUAUUAUGUCGAAACAAAAUUACGUAUUAUUGGAAAAAUCACAAAGAUCCAAACAAAAUGAAAUACCUGUUAAAGAUAAUGUUUCACUAGUCGAAAGAAUGAAGCCUAUGAAUUUUACUUCUUACAUGGGUCAAAAACAUGUGAUCGGACCUAAUACAAUAUUACGUAGCUUUUUGGAAAUAGGAGAAAUUCCUAGUAUGAUAUUGUGGGGACCACCAGGCUGUGGUAAGAAAUCUUUAGUCAAUAUUAUAAUACAAUUAACCAAAGAAAAGUUCCAAGAUAAAACGCAUAUUGUAAAAUUAGCUGCAACAACGUGUGGCAUUGGGGAAAUUAAAACAGCUGUAGAAAAGGCAAAAAGUUCAUUGAAAUUUGGUCAUAGAACAAUUGUCUUUAUGGAUAACAUCCAUCGUUUCAAUAAACUACAACAAGAUAUAUUCUUACCACACGUAGAAGCUGGGACAUUUAUUCUCAUUGGAGCAACAAUAGAAAAUCCUUCGUACAGUUUGAAUUCAGCAUUGCUAAGUCGUUGCCGUAUAUUUUCAUUAAGUAAAUUAUCACCCAAAGACAUAAUUGAAAUACUUAAGAAAAGCAUACAUUCCAUGGAUGGUAGAAUCCAUAAUUCCCAGAAUUCUGACAAUGCCUCAAAAUUUAUAAUUCAUAAUGACACAUUGGAAUGGUUAGCUGAAGUAUGUGAUGGAGAUGCAGGAACUGCAUUAAGUGGUUUAGAAUUUGCAAUUUGUGCAAAAAAUUUAUCAUAUGAUAAAACAUCCGUUAUAAGUCUUGAAGAUAUUAAACAAGGUUUAAUACGUAUGUACACGCAAGCAAACAAUAAAAAUGAACAGACGUAUCAUUUAUAUUCUGCUUUGCACAAAUCAAUUUGUGCAGGCAAGCCAAAUGCUUCUUUAUAUUGGUUAGCCAGAAUAAUGGCUGCUAAAGAAGAUCCUGUGGAUAUUGCUAGACGUUUAAUCAGAAUAUCAGGCGAAGAUAUUGGUCUAGCUGAUCCAGAUGCUUUAGAUUUAGCUGUUCAUACGCUGAAUGCUUGUCAAAUGAUUGGUAUGCCUGAAAGCGAUGUUCUGUUAGCACAAUGCGUAGUUUAUUUAACCAAAGCACCAAAAUCUCGUCUGAUUUAUAAUGCCCUGAAGGCAGCUCAAAAAGUUAUUAAUGAUACCAAAGAACAACCACAGCCAGAUAUUCCGUAACACAUUAAGAAGUAGAAAGAUCGCAUAAGUAUAAUUUAUUAAGGAUACAAGAAACUAAUAGUAAUCAUCUGUCAAAGAGUCUGCAUCAAAGAGGUUAAUUUAUUCCACAAAGGUCAACCAUGAUCAUUUUUGUGUACUACGUUAAUUUUUCUACACUGUACUAUACUAUAGAAAUAAAAUUUAUUUUCUCUUC